AUGUGGAAGGGGUUGCUGUCCUUUGAGGACAUGGCUCUGUACUUCAGGGAAGAGUGGGACACACUGGACUGGGCUCAGAAGGACCUCUACAGAGACGUGAUGCUGGACAACUACAGAAACGUGCUCUCCUUGGGUAAUGAGUUGGCUUGA